UCAUCGUGCUAAAGUAGUUUUGAGUUUCUGUAGUUAGUGCGAUAACGUGGGUUGUGAAGUAUUUUCAGUGAAUUAUUUAGGCGAAUAGCCUAGGAAGAAAUUGACUCCUUGCGAGAAAACGUAAAAACUGAAAAUUGUGACCGGAGUGUUGCGGCAUUUUUUGUAACACAACUAGAAAAAAAAGGAAGACCUUAAAGAAUAUGCAGAAUACUUCUUUGAACGCUAUGCAGAGGAAAACAAAGACGCGUGAAUAUUUGAGUUUUGGCGGCAGUAGUGUGUUCUUCGCGCAUCGUGUACAGUUUGUUGUCGUCGAAGACUAGCAAAAUGGCUGGUGUUUUUGGCAUUCAUGUGGGGAAUUCUUCAGCCUGCUUGGCGUAUUGUAAGGAUGGGAAAGUUGAUAUUAUAGCCGACGACAGUGGCAACAGAAUAAUGCCUGCAAUAGUCGCGUUUGUAGACGGUGAAGAGACUGUUGGACUCCCAGCGAAGGCAGCUCUUGUUAGAAAUGCCACAUGUACAAUCGUUCGCAAUAAGAAACUCUUAAAUGACAGUAUUCCUGACGACGAACUUGAGCAUCAUAUCAAGUCAGUGAAAUGUAAAAUAGUGACUGAAGGAGGCCUGAAAUAUGAAAUCCGAGAUGAAGACAAGAUUGCUGUGUAUACCCCAGAAGGAGCCAUGACGUGCAUUUACAAAAAGCUGUUUGGCUUUGCUUCCACAUGUGUACCUCCAGAUACAGAUCUGCGCGCAGUCCUGUGUGUCCCCUUAAAUUUUUCGAAGUGUAGUCGUCGGGCACUGGCACAUGCUGCGGAAGAUGCAGGAUUCGAUGUUCUGCAAGUAAUUAGUGAACCUAUAGCAGCCUUGCUUGCUGAAGGCUAUGGUGUUGAGUCCCCAGAUGAGAGAGGGAUGUGCCUCGUUUAUCGCCUGGGGGGAGCUACAAUGGAUGUUACAGUUGUAUUGUGCUGUGCAGGAAUGUACACAGUGAAAGGCCAUGUGUAUAAAGCAAACUUCGGAGGGGACAAGUUCACAGAAAUACUUGCCAACUUCCUCGCCGAAAUAUUUCACCAGAAAUGGAAGUUGGAUCCAAAUGAUAGUCGGCGUGCUAUGGCUAAAUUGUACAAUGCUGCAGAGCAGUGCAAACACAUUUUGUCCACAAUGAGUACAGCUCAUUGUUUUAUUGAGUCUUUGUGUGAAGGAACAGACUUUAGCUACAAUGUUACAAGAGCACGAUUUGAAAAUUUGAUUAGUGCAGCUGUGAAAAUGUGCACUGCCCCCAUAGAAGAGGCAUUGAGCCAAGCAGGUAUCGAUUGCAGAGACAUAAACAAGGUGCUCCUGUGCGGUGGAUCUGCGAAAAUCCCGAUAAUUCAGCAAUCUGUCUCAGAAAUGUUUCCCAAUUCAGAGUUAUUAUAUAGCGUAAAUCCUGAUGAACUGAUUGCCCUGGGUGCUGCGAAGCAUGGUAGUUAUCUGAAAGAACCAUUUGACCCAGGUUGUGAUCAUCUAUCAUAUGAUAUCCCAGUUGUAACAAAAUCAAUUUUUAUGAAGGCAAACGAUGAUAAAGUGUUGGUUAUACCAGCACAGACACCUGUUCCGGUCAAGGUCACAAAGAGUCUUCCAUUGACACUCUCAGGAGAGAGUAUAGUAGUUCAGGUUCUUGAAGCUGAUUAUGAUGAUGAUGAUGAUGAUGAUGAUACAGACAAAGAACAGGGAGCUGUAGUUUUGGGAAAUCUGACGCUUGAUGAUGUGUCGGCUUCCAGCAGUUUAACUGCUGAAAUAAAUGUAAACAGUAUUGGAAGUUUGCAUGCAAGCAUAACGGAUACUGCAACACAGAAGAAAUCUUCCUUUCGACGAGGUCCUCCGGCAUCAGAUGGACAAUAAUUCAUUUGAAAAAUUAUAUGUUGAUAUUGCCUGUGAUAUUAAAAUAAAAUGUUUUCAUAUA